GUAAACAAAAGAGCAAAAAGCGCCCAAACUUCGCUUGGUGAGUCUUUCAGUUAAUAGAAGUAUACGAAACGAAAUCAAAUAAAAUGGCAAAAUCGAACAAAAUGUUUGCUGAUAAAGCCUUCGAGCUAAUUAAAGAGUUGGAACGUUCUUCACAAACAAUUCCCCCUUUCGAUGACGACGGCGUACGACAAGUGUUGGAGGAAAUCAAAGCUAUAUUCGAGGAGAAUUGUGCACAAGCCGCCAACUACUCAACCUCAGGCGAUCGUACCCUAUGGCCUCUGCUUAAUUAUCGUCACGCUGCUUUACAAAGAAACAAACGUUGCCUUUUAACAUAUUUGUAUCAGCGUUUGCUGCGUAUUAAAACGCUUCGCUGGGAAUUUGGGCCAAUUAUUCCUGCGGACAUUAAAGCUUCAUUAUGCGAACCUGAGGUGAACUUCUUUAAUACAUACUCAAAAUCUUUAGCUUCCUACAUGCGUUCCAUUGGUGAUGGACAGGGCAUAGAUUUGACGGGUGACUUGCGCCCACCGAAAUCGCUCUACAUAGAAGUGCGAUGUGUUGAAGAUUACGGUAAGUUUGAACUUGAGGAUGGCGAAGUAAUUUAUCUAAAAAAAAAUAGUCAGCACUAUUUGCCACGGGCCCAAGUCGAAUCACUAGUACGGCAAGGAAUUUUACAACAUAUUGCGUAGAACUAGUAAUAAAAUAAUAUAAGUAACUAGUGUGUAAAAAUAUUUUUUAAUUAAAUUCCUUUAAAAGCAUGUUAUUGAAUUAAAUGGAAAAUCAUUUUUAAUUCAAGUUGUAAGUUGCAAUGUAGCCUUUACAUCUCGGUUAAAAAUUUCAACCAUAACUAAUAUUUUAUAAGCACUUGUGGAAUAAAACGGUUCGAAGAUAAAAAAAAA